AUGGCAACCGUUCUAGUUGUCGGAGCUACUGGAAAUAUCGGCGUCUCAGCUGUCACCGCUGCCUUACGAUCCAAGCACAAUGUCUUGGCCAUUGUUCGCAACCAAAACUCCGCGGAUAAGCUUGUGAAGCACAUUGGUUCAUCAAAGGGGAUCACAUUUGUGGAAGCCAAUGUUCUUUCUGAUAAGGGAGUAAAGGGAGUCGUCGAUCAAGUCCGAGCUGGCAAGCUACCCGCUUUUCAGCACGUAUUCUCCAGCGUUGGCGGGGAGUACGCGACUACUCCACUUCAAGACAUUUCCACUGCUCAGCUACGAAGGAACUUUAAUACUUCCUUCGAAGCAAAUUUUUUCGCUUAUCGGGAUACCAUUGGCUAUCUUCUCGAGCAAAAGAAUCCUGACAGUACAUGGACCAUCUGCACUGGGGCAUCAGGCGAUGACGCAACUCGCCCAAUGCCAGCUAUGACACAAGGUGCCUUAUAUCCCCUGACCAAGGCCGCAGCCCGGGAGAAUAACUCGACGAACAUCCGUUUCAAUGAAAUUUAUCUUGGCUUCCGAGUUGAGGUUGAUGAGGAUGCCGUGCAGCAUGGCGUGACCAAAGCAUCGGACUUUGCAAAUGUGUAUGAAAUGGUCCUUGCUAAUCCCGAGGUCCGUGGCUCGCGUGUUCGGGUUGAAGGUCUUGGUGAUCUCAAGGAGUUAAAAUACGAGAAGAAAUUUUAG